AUGAGGGUCUCAUUCGCCGAGUUCUGGGCCUUGACGGGUCUUCUUUGGCAGUUGAUGGUACUGCCAGUGAGAGCGCUAGAUCUGGAUACUACCUCUAAGGAUUCCAUUUGUGAUGCAACUGACCUCAUUCAGGGCGGUAUUAUGGACUAUUAUGCUGGAUCCCAGUACGGGGGUACCGUAGGUACGUUUCAGGAACCCUAUUAUUGGUGGGAGGCCGGUGCGGUUUUCGGUGGAAUGCUGGAAAACUGGUUUUUGUGCCAAAACGACACAUACGAGCAGGUGAUCUAUGAUUCUAUGAUUGCACAGGCUGGUCCAGACUACGACUUCAUGCCGUCGAACCAGUCGAUGGUGGAGGGUAACGAUGAUCAAGGUGUGUGGGGAAUCACGGUAAUGGGUGCCGUGGAAAGAAACUUCACCAAUCCAUCCACCAAAGGCGCCCCUGGAUGGCUGGCUAUGGUCCAGGGUGUUUUCAAUUUAAUGUAUUCGCGGUGGGAUGAUCAACAUUGCGGAGGAGGGCUCAGGUGGCAGAUUUUCACCUGGAACUCAGGUUACAACUACAAGAACACAGUAUCCAAUGGAUGUUUGUUCCAGUUAGCUGCUAGAUUGGGACGUUAUACAGGCAAUGACACAUAUUUGGAUGUGGCCGAGAAAGUCUUCGAUUGGAUGGUGGAUGUUGGAUACAUUGUAUUGAGCGAUACGGCCAACGUAUACGAUGGUGCUACCAUAGACGAAAACUGUACCGACAUCACAAAACUGGAAUGGUCGUAUAACCAGGGUAUUGUGUUGGGCGGUGCUGCGUAUAUGUACAACGCUACAAACGGUUCAUCGACCUGGGAAACGAAGCUGAGUCAGCUUGUAGGAGGAUCUACAAAAUACUUUUUCAGGAAUAAAAUCAUGUAUGAAGCAACAUGCCAGGAUUCCAACUCCUGUAAUAACGAUCAGCGGUCUUUUAAGAGUAUUUUUUCUCGCAUGCUAUCCUUAACCAAAAUUCUGGCUCCUUUCACUGCCGAAAAGAUAGAUCCUCUGCUGACUGCCUCUGCUGAAGGAGCAGCCAAAUCAUGCUCUGGUGGUACGGACGGUCAUACCUGCGGAAUCAACUGGGAGAAAGGAUCAUGGGAUGGAAUGUAUGGAUUGGGGGAACAAGCGUCUGCGUUAGAGGUGAUACAGAGCUUGUUGUUCGAUCAGAGACCCGCGCCUUAUACAGACUCCGAUGGUGGCACUUCUGUCGGAGACUCGAGUGCAGGUUUGAAUAAGACAACCACCAACGUGCUGCAAAGUGAUUUGAAAAUUACCCACAAAGAUAGAGUGGGAGCUGCCGUGCUAACAGCUGUUGUACUUGCCAUUCUCCUUGGUGGAUCUAUUUGGAUGGUGUUCUAA